AAGUUAAGCUAGCCCGACCAUGCCAAAGCUGUUGUGCGAAGUUGCGAACCAUAGGUAGUUCUGUUAUCAUCAAAUUAACAACAAUUCAAUUGUGUGAGAAACAGACGCAAAAAAGGGUCAUAGACCCAAAAACCAAUUCCAAAUAAUGGCAGUUCUGUUAUCAUCUUCCUCUCCUUCUUCACUUCCAAAUGCAAAGCUCUUCAUUUCCAGAGAUGCAGCGGCUGAACGUAGCAGCACAAUCAUACCAUUUCCAGGAAUUAAAAGAAAAAAUAACAAACAAAGCCCAAUCGUAUGUUUAUCAGUAAAGGAUCAUGCCAAAGUUAAGAAUUUUGAUGUUAUUAAUGGUAAUAAUUUGAGGAAGAUUGGUGUGAAGGUGGUAUUAAGUGAGGGGAGAGAUGAGGAUGAGAAUUAUGGGCUUGUUUGCCCAGGUUGUGGGGUUUAUAUGCAGGAUAAUGACCCAAAUCUUCUUGGGUUUUACAAGAAAAGGAAGGUGGAGGUUUACGAGGAUGAAAAUGAAGGUUUUUUGGAUGGUGAUGAAGAGGGGGAAGAGGGUUUUGGGGAUGAAAUUGAGAGUUUUAUUGAUGAGGAAGAAGAGGAUAAAGUGGCUGUUGUGGAUGAAAUUGAAGGCAGUUUGGAAAUGAGUGAUGAAGAGGAGGGUGAGGUGGACGGGCCCGAUUGGGAUAGCGAAGACUGGGAUGAGGAAGAUUUGGAAGAACUCGAUGGGUUUAAUCCUGUUGGUGUAGGGUAUGGUAAUGUGACCGAGGAGUUAGUGAAGGAGAAGGCGGAGAAAAAGAAGAGAUUGUCGAAGUCCGAGAGGAAGAGGUUGGCUAGGGAGGCUGAGAAAGAGAGGGAGGAGGUUAUGGUUUGUGCUAGGUGUCAUUCUUUGAGGAACUAUGGACAAGUGAAAAAUCAAAUGGCUGAGAAUUUGAUACCGGAUUUUGAUUUCGAUAGGUUGAUUAGUACCCGUUUGAUGAAACCUACCACAGCGGAUUCUACAGUUGUUGUCAUGGUUGUUGAUUGUGUUGAUUUUGAUGGGUCGUUCCCCAAACGUGCUGCCCGGUCUUUGUUCAAGGCUCUGGAGGGAAAACAAGAUGGUAAGUUUAGCAAAAAGUUGCCCAAACUUGUCCUGGUUGCUACAAAGGUUGAUCUCCUUCCAUCCGAAAUUUCACCUACUAGGUUAGAUAGAUGGGUUCGUCAUCGUGCGAAGGCUGCAGGAGCUCCAAAGCUCAAUGCUGUUUAUUUGGUUAGUUCUCGAAAGGAUUUGGGGGUGAGGAAUUUGCUAGCCUUCAUCAAGGAGUCGGCUGGCCCUCGAGGGCAUGUUUGGGUUAUUGGAGCACAAAAUGCCGGUAAAUCUACUCUGAUCAACACAUUAGCAAAGAAAGGAGGUGCUAAAGUUACAAAACUCACAGAAGCAGCAGUUCCUGGGACGACGCUUGGGAUUCUAAGAGUUGGAGGAGUUUUGUCUGGAAAGGCCAAGAUGUACGACACUCCUGGACUCCUGCAUGCAUACUUAAUGUCCAUGAGAUUAACCAGAGAAGAACAGAAAAUGAUCGAGAUACGGAAAGAACUGAGACCUCGGAGUUAUAGAAUUAAGGCAAGGCAAGCAAUUCAUGUUGGUGGCUUAGUGAGGCUAGACCUUGUCCAGGCAUCUGUUCAGACAAUUUAUGUGACAAUCUGGGCAUCACCAAAUGUGUCUCUGCAUUUAGGAAAGAUUGAUAAUGCUGAUGAAACCUGGAGAAAACAUAUUGGUAUCAGGUUACAGCCUCCUAUAGGAACAGAUCCACUCUCAGAAAUUGGAACCUGGACAGAGAGGGAAUUUAAAGUGACUGGAACAAGCUGGGAUGUAAAUAGUUCUGACCUUGCAGUAGCUGGGUUAGGCUGGGUUUCUUUGGGUCUCAAAGGUGAGGCAACAUUAAAGCUAUGGACAUAUGAUACUGUUGAAGUUGUCUUACGUGAACCUUUAGCUCUUGAUCGUGCUCCAUAUCUUGAGCGACCUGGGUUUUGGUUACCGCAGUCUAUAUCUGAUGCGAUUGGCAACCAGAGUAAGCUAGAAGCUCAAAAAAAGCAGCAGCUUGAAGAUGAGAGUGAAUAUGUGACUGCUUGAAGAAUAUGGUUGUUAGGUUGUACCAAUGUUUGAAGGCAGUACAAAUUCUACAGGUUUUUUGAAUACGGUUAGUGGUUAUAGCACUUUCCAGAUAACCUGUCUUUAGUUUUUAACUGAGCUUUGAGAUUUUCUUGGUUGCCGCUGCAUAUAUCCAGUGUGUUUUCUGUUGUAAUUGAAGAUUAAUAUUUCAGCCUAGUGAUAUUAUCCGGCUUAAGUCA